ACUAUUGACGGGUGAAGUUUGUUGUUGGAGCGGUCGGGACACCCCACCUCUGGAAACACCAGGGAUAGUCCUAGCGAUUCAAGGCUGAGGAUUAGCACGAUGCCAUGCCCCAUUCCUGAAUUGGUUAUCAUCCAUGCGCCCGCCUAGAAGGCAUAUUUGGUAGGAUGAAAAUGCUAGUGAUCAAGGAUAUAAUGCUCUCACUGAACUGCGGACCUGAAGGAACAACCGGUAUAACUCAGUGUCCUUUCCCAUGAGACCGUUUUUUUUAUAUAUCAUCUAGGCAUCACCCAACAUAACCAUGACCACCGCAUUCACAUCCACUAUUUACAACUCUGGGCCGUACUUUUACACAACAUCAAUGGAUUUAUCAGCGGAUAAAGAAGAGCGCAAGCGCGAGGUAUGUUGCUCCCAACUAGGCAACUAUAAUACACGGACUGAUAAAAAGUUAUAGUACAAUCGUCUUGCACAGAGAGAAUUCCGUAUGCAUUUUGAGAUCUACAUUACGGGUAUUGAAACUAAUGAUGAAUUUACCAGGCCGAAGAAGAAAGGAACAUCUCAAGAACCUCGAGCAAGCCCAAAAAGAACAGAGCUCUGAGCAAUCUGAAGAGAUUGAACGUUUAAGAUAUCAAAAUGAUGAACUCAGAAGAGAGAAUGAAGCUCUCCGAGCACAAAUUUACGGUUCAACAUCACAAGGUCUCCUACUCCAACCACUAGGACCAAUUUCUUCCGAUCAUCGACAGUACUCUUUAUCACCAUCUAUUUCGGGUGCUUCUAUUUCAAAUGCUGGUAGCCCUCCAGCUUCUUUAAGUUCAGACAUGAUGUCCAUGGGUUCAAUGCCCAUGACGACUGCCAUGAUUUCACCAUCUACAUAUGCAUAUACCGAUUCUGCUGCUCUAUCUUCUCAGCCAUAUAAUAUGGUACAUCCAUCCGGCCUCCAUCCACAUAACUCACAAAGCUCACCUGAUAUAUCAGGGUACUCACCCCGAACUACAAUGGGGACUUCCAAUUUUCAACACCCAUCUCUAAAUAUCUCUCAAGCCGGCGGACGUGUCAACGUCACUGACCAACAAUCGAGGACAUCUUCAGGACAAAAGUUAGUAGGCCCUAUGGACGACGCAGCUUAUUCGUGGUGUUAACCGGUCUGAAGUAUCUCCAUGGCCAUGAUGCCCUACGACCGCAAGAAAAGUCGCACUCAAAUCCGGGAACUUUUCCAUCCGCUCCUUUCCGAUCCUACGAUUUUAAAUGGUUCAUCUCCAGAUCGUCAUCUCGCCCUUCUUCACUCCAUGAUCGAUAUUCUCCCUCCAGCUCUCAAGCCAAAUAAGUCGCAACUCGCUACCGCUCACUACUAUGCUAUUGAUAUGAUUGCUUCUCCUUCUUUACGCGAUCGUCUCAUGACUUUAACGCGCGAUGUGGCGCAAAGCUUCAUUCGGGACUUUGGAAGUUGUAUCGGGGAAGCGGAUGAUAUUGGUCAAGUUAUCAUCUGGGGAGAAGAUCCUUAUAAUGAAAUGGCGUGGGAGAUAUCACAACCUUUAUUAGAGAGAUGGGGCUGGUUACUCGGUCGUGGUUUUGUUGAUAGGAGUAACGCGUGGAGGAUACAGAGAGGUGCUCUUCCUUUACCUGAAUGGUAGAUGAUGAAUGUCUCGUUUUUCCUUUUUGACUUUUUUAUUCUUUUAUUCUUCUUUUUCUUCUUUGAACUUUUUUUGGGGUAUCCUGGCGUUGGUUAAAUGAGUGGGGUUCGGAUCAUUCACGUACUCGGGGUUAAGGCUAACGGCAAAGUAAGGAAGGAAGGAAGGAAGGAUCCUUAUGGUAUGGGCUGACGGCACAUUAUCUCACAGCAUAGCGAAUGGCGUUCCGCAUUAUUGAAAAUCGGUGGCAAUAUAUAUAUGUUUUAUGUAUGAUGGUUUUUUUAUAAAUGCAUUUCCUGGAUUGGAAAUCCGGGUUGAGAGUAGAGUACUCUGUAGAGAGAGACCAUUUCUGGUUGGUUGGUUGGAAUGAAUGAUGUGGAUGAAUUUUUUGUUUGUUGUUUAUAUAUUAUAUAUAUAUUUAUUUAUGUGAUGGUUAUUAUUACUUUUGCUUUU